AUGGACAUCACAAUCAUAUGUCUCUGUCGCAUUAAUCUUCGUUGGGCCUUCUCCCGGUCUUUUGCGAGAUCAACAGCUGUUAUCCAUUCCAUCGUCUGCCAUUGGCUACGCCGCCUCCUCCGUAUGGAUCAGCCUCUGCUCCCCACAUCGUCGCCGCCUCCCUUGCCGGCGGACGGCUCCUCCAGCUUCCUACUCCGCCUCCUCCUCUUGCUGGCCGUCGCCGCCUUCUCACUUUGGGGCAACCACGAGGCCUCCAAAGGCAUCCAAAUCACCGUCCUCAGCGCCGCCGCGUCCUCCUCCUCCUCCUCGCCCCAUGCUCGCCGCUUCGAUCUGCUCUUCGUCGUCAACGGCCGCGCCGCGCGGCUCGUCGACAGCGCGGCCGACUCCGUGCAGCGCGCGCUCUACCCGGACGCCUCGUUCCCGCGCAAGCUGGUGGAGCGGGUAACGCUCGCCCUGGCGCCGCCGGUCGCGGCCGACGACGGCACCGUCGCCGUCGGCCGCGGCCGGCGCGAGGGCGAGUUCGUGGUGGAGGUGAAGCCGCGCGUGAUGGAGGCGGCCGAUGUGAGGGAGGCGGUGGGCCGGGCGCUGCGGCGGGGGGUGGCGAGGGUGUGGCUCUGGGACGGCCGCGGCCGGGCGCCGACGCGGGUGCUCGCCGCCCUCGAGGACUACCUGGCCACCUCAUCGCGGGACGCGUUACGCGGCGUGCGGGCGAGCCAAUCGAGAAACGACAGCGCGGGUACGGGAGCUGCAGAGGAGGAUUCGAUGUGCGUGGCUCGGCUGAAUAGGGCCAUGAAGGAGGAGUGGAACGAUCGCAUGCUCAUCGAAGCAUGCGCUUGA